CAACUCUCGCAGAACCGCUGGCUCAUGUGUGAGGCGCAGCACUGGCUGCGCAGUCGUUGUCGAUGACUUCAACUCGGCCGUGGACGCGCACGCCAGAGACCCGUGCCACAUAGAGGUGACUGAGGAGGCCCUCUCUGCACUGAGCAUGCUCCGCGCGCGACGCGGCCUCGUCGUGCAGCGAGCCAUCAUCUUCGGCUGAUGCUCGCUGCUGCUUCUGUCGCCAUGCGCUCCCGAGAGGGUGCAGCCCCAGGGCUCAGGGCCUAGCUCGCCAUCUAGGCUCAGACAGCGGCUCCUGAGGCCAAUCUGUCGAGGGUCACGGCGUGCUUACGUCAGCCUGUUAUCGGCGAGCGCCACAUGCGGUGCUGGCGCAUGUGCCAAGCUCUCGCUUCUUCUCAACCGCGCUGCCUCUUCUCACCACCACACCACCUCCGCAACCAUGGGCUUCCGCACCGGCUUCGUGCUCUCCUCGCUCUCCUUCCUCGCCGGCGUGCUCUUCAUCUGCGCGCAGUACGACCACCCGCUCAUCUUCCAUGCCUGGAGCGACGCGGCGCCCGUGCGCGCCGAGCGCUUCUACCUCGGCCUCUAUGCCGCGCCGCGCGCCGUGCAUGCGCUGCUGCACGGCAUGAUCGCCCUCGGCAUCGUCGGCCUGCUCGCCAAGCUGCACCGCUGGACGGAGACGGCAAAGUGGUUCGACGGCGCCGCGCUUGUCUUCUUCAUGGGCUGUGUUGGCCUCUACGGCGUGGUCAUUGUGCCGAACCUGCGUCUGCUCGCCAACCCGACGUCGAUGCGCCUGCUGGAGCGCAGCAGCAUUGCGACGCAGCGCGCCACACUGGCCGCCGAGGCCGCGGCGGGCCGCCUCGACCCGUCGCUCGUGCCCACGGGCCCGCUGCAGCCCGACGAGGGCGUGGCGGCGCUGCGCAUCGUCGCUGCCAGCAACACGCUCAUCCUCGGCCUCUUCGCCGGCGUCGCGCUCAUGCUCGUCGCCGAGUACUACGUCGAGAAGGAGGAGCGCCGCAUGCUCGAGGCUGCGCGCGAGGCCGAGAUGAAGGAGCUCAAGGUCCAGAAGGGCCAGUAGCUUGCUCAAGCGGUCGCUCUCCCAAAUGCACGAAAUGACAGCGACUCGGCCCCUCCUCCUCUGCAAGCGCGGCGCGCUACUGAUGGCUCAUGGGAUGAUGUGAUUACUCGGCCCGGCGCCGAGACAGGAUCUAGAGUGUGACAUGUGCGCGCCCAUCCAGACAGGCACGGCUCUGGUCGAGUGCUGGGUAACGAUGACGGAACAUGUAGGUGACACGACGGAGUGCAGUGUUGGGACAGGAAAGAGGGGGCAGCGAGGAGCUUCAAAGAUCCA